AUGGGUGGAGGCGAUGAGUACCGUUCCGUCGUGUAUUUUGUAAACUGGGCUAUCUACGGAAGGAAGCACAAACCCCAGGAUCUGCCCGUCGAGAAGCUCACUCACAUUCUCUACGCGUUUGCCAACGUGAGACCGGAUAGCGGAGAAGUAUAUCUCACAGAUCUUUGGGCAGACAAAGACAUUCACUUCGAAGGCGACAGCUGGAACGACACGGGCAACAACCUCUACGGCUGCCUCAAGCAGCUCAACCUCCUGAAGAAGAAGAACCGCGCUCUCAAGAUCCUCCUCUCGAUCGGCGGCUGGACCUACUCAUCCAAUUUUGCCGUUCCAGCAUCUACUUCCGCCGGCCGCGAGAAGUUCGCUUGCUCAGCCGUCGAACUCGUCAAGGACUACGGCUUCGACGGCCUGGACAUCGACUGGGAAUACCCCAAGUCCCCCGCCGAAGCGAAGCACUUCGUCCUCCUGCUCAAAGAGUGCAGGAAGGCCAUGGACGCGUACAGCGCCACCUUACCGCGGCGACACCAUUUCGAACUCACCGUCGCCUGCCCCGCCGGGCCGCAGAACUGCAGUAUCAUGGACAUCCGCGGCAUGGACCCGCAUCUCGAUUUCUGGAACCUGAUGGCCUACGACUAUGCCGGGUCGUGGGACUCGUGCGCGGCCCACCAGUCGAACCUCAAACCCUGUCACCGCAAUACCGCCGCGACGCCGUUCAACACCGAUCAAGCGGUUCGGCACUACCAGGCGCAAGGCGUGCACCCCUCUAAGAUCGUGCUGGGCAUGCCGCUGUACGGCCGCGCCUUCCAGAACACCGACGGGAUCGGGAAGCCGUACAGUGGUAUCGGAGAGGGGAGUUGGGAGAAUGGCGUCUUUGAUUACAAGGCCCUGCCGCUGCCAGGAGCCGAGGAGAAGUACGAUAAGGAGGCGAGAGCGACGUACAGUUAUGAUCCGGCCAAGAGACAGCUGGUUACGUAUGACAACUGCGAGAUGGCCCGGGAAAAGGCGAAGUGGAUCAAGAAGCAUCAUCUGGGAGGCGGGAUGUGGUGGGAGAGCAGCUCGGAUCGGGAAGGGAAGCAUAGUCUGAUUGGGACGGUGGUGGAUGUAUUGAAGGGACUGGAAACGAGGGAGAACUGCAUCGAAUAUCCGCACUCCAGAUUUGAGAAUGUGCGGAGGGGGUUCGAGGGGUGCUAG